AUGCAGUAUCUAGUCAAGUCACUUAAAGCCGAUGAUGCCAGUCUCCCUGCCCCGCCGACUGCCCCAGUCCUCAGCUCUUCGGCUUCCUCCUGCUCCCGGAACUCGCGGGCCUGCCCCGGGCCGCCUGGCUUUGCACUCCGCACACUGCAGCGCCCGGCCGCGGCCGCACCCGCCGGCCCCAUGAGGAGGGACGUGAACGGAGUGACCAAGAGCAGGUUUGAGAUGUUCUCAAACAGUGAUGAAGCUGUAAUCAAUAAAAAACUUCCCAAAGAACUUCUAUUACGAAUAUUUUCUUUCCUGGAUGUUGUUACCUUGUGUCGCUGUGCUCAGGUCUCCAGGGCUUGGAAUGUUCUGGCUCUGGAUGGUAGUAACUGGCAGCGAAUUGACCUGUUUGAUUUCCAGAGGGAUAUUGAGGGUCGGGUAGUGGAGAAUAUUUCAAAAAGAUGUGGGGGAUUUUUACGAAAGUUGAGUCUUCGCGGUUGUCUUGGAGUAGGAGACAAUGCACUAAGGACCUUUGCACAGAACUGUAGGAAUAUUGAAGUACUGAAUCUAAAUGGUUGUACAAAGACUACAGAUGCUACAUGUACUAGCCUUAGCAAGUUCUGUUCCAAACUGAGGCACCUUGACUUGGCUUCCUGUACAUCAAUAACAAACAUGUCUCUGAAAGCACUGAGUGAGGGAUGUCCACUGUUGGAGCAAUUGAACAUUUCCUGGUGUGACCAAGUAACCAAGGAUGGUAUCCAAGCACUAGUAAGAGGCUGUGGGGGUCUCAAGGCCUUAUUCUUAAAAGGCUGUACACAGCUAGAAGAUGAAGCUCUCAAAUACAUAGGUGCCCACUGUCCUGAACUGGUGACUCUGAACUUGCAAACUUGCUUACAAAUCACAGAUGAAGGUCUAAUUACCAUAUGUAGAGGGUGCCAUAAGUUGCAGUCCCUCUGUGCCUCCGGCUGCUCCAACAUCACAGAUGCUAUCCUGAAUGCCCUAGGUCAGAAUUGCCCACGACUUAGAAUAUUAGAAGUGGCCAGGUGUUCACAAUUAACAGAUGUAGGCUUUACCACUCUGGCCAGGAAUUGUCAUGAACUUGAAAAAAUGGACCUUGAAGAGUGUGUUCAGAUAACAGAUAGCACAUUAAUUCAGCUUUCUAUACACUGUCCUCGACUUCAAGUGUUGAGUCUGUCUCACUGUGAGCUGAUCACAGAUGAUGGAAUUCGUCACCUGGGGAAUGGGGCCUGUGCCCAUGACCAAUUGGAGGUGAUUGAACUGGACAACUGCCCACUAAUCACAGAUGCAUCCCUGGAGCACUUGAAAAGCUGCCACAGCCUUGAGCGAAUAGAACUUUAUGACUGCCAGCAAAUCACACGGGCUGGAAUCAAGAGACUCAGGACCCAUUUACCUAAUAUUAAAGUCCAUGCCUACUUCGCACCUGUCACUCCACCCCCAUCAGUAGGGGGCAGCAGGCAGCGCUUCUGCAGAUGCUGCAUUAUCCUAUGACAAUGGAGGUGGUCAGCCUUGGUGAACUGAAUAUUUAAUGACACUUCAGAAUUACCAUGGAGUCUCCAGUGGAAGCAACCCCAGUGUUCUGGGCAAGGGUUACAAAGUGAGGGCAGCGUCCAGAUCUGCAGAGCCACACCUUCACAUGCAUACCCACCCUCACCCCUGCCCACUCUUGCUCUAUGACCAAGGGACUGAAAUCUCUGCUGGCUUUAUCAGGUGGAUUGGUAAAAACAUAACCCUUCCUGUUGGGCAUGCCCAGAAGAAAAACACAGGCAAGGGAAUGGGAAUGGGGUAUUCCAGCACCCAGUGUUACUGCAACGGUGGUUUCAUUUUGCUAGGGGGUUCUUUUGGCGUUUUUGGAUCAGCAACUGCAGCCAUCCAGAAUCAAGGAAAACAUAGAAAAACAGUAUAUAUUGUAUCCAGGGACCAGAAAGAAAAUUUCUUUGCAUCCUGUACAUGGUAGCCAUCAAUUGUGAGAUGACUACAGAGCUUCUGUGCGUCUUUAUUCCCAUGCCAACAUACUGAGCAUGCUCAUAGAGAAGGUUUGUCCAGUCCUCCUGUGUUUUUGUAUUUGGCCCAGAGGUUUCUUGAAUGGUUGCAUUGAAAUCACUGUGGUCCAAAUGUGAUUAAUUAUUCACUCAAAUUGUCACUCUCCUGUAGCACGUCUGUGCACCUUUCCUUCUCUGUUGCUCCUUCCUGCACUUUUGCUCAGUCUGGUAUCUGUUCAUAGUCUGCUUACUCACACUUAGUUGUUAUUCCUUUGCUGUUGUUGUGUUUACAGUUUGCAUUUUGGAUGAUUAGUUGGGGUCACCAAACAUUUUUUUAAAAGACAUUAUCAAUAAAUAUUUUUUUAAUUCUAAAUUUUACCAUUAGGGACCCUGCCUGAAUCUUUGCCACUCUGAAGGGAAAUGUAAGUAGGAAGUUAGGAGAACUGAGCUAAAACUAUUGAUGGAAACAAACUUUGUCUUUUAGUUUCUGUUAUAUAUUGUGAUAUAUGAUAAUCUGCAUGAUAUGCCAAAUAUCCCCCCGUGCAUAUUGUCCUCCCAUCAAAUUCUACUAACUUUAUAAAAGAAAAGUGCAUUAUUAGUAAAGAGCCCAACGGCACAUCCAGAACUGAGACUGAAAGCUCCCACAACCCGAGCUUAGACGUGUAUGUUCAUUGAAAUCUAGGUGUUAUCAUUGGCGUCUCUGAUUUUUGUCAGGGGUUGUUUUGCUUUUGCAGGCACAGGAGCACCCCUGGAGGAGCAGUGCUGUCUAGCUAGUUUUUCUUUUUAAUCCCAUUUCAUCCUACCAGGGAAUCAAAAAAUGACCUUAUAACAGCUGGUCAGCUAUAUGUCAGUUUCAGUAGCAUAUCUUAUGUUGGAGCCUCAAAGGACCAGGACCUUUUUUAAAAAAACUCGGCCUUACCUCUCUUGUGCUCCAUGCAUUCAGUGAGUGAAAUACAGGACUAGCCAAAGGAAAUAGAGAGUUUAGGGUAUUCAAUACCUAUGACUCAGUUAAAGAAGCUCGUCACUCUAACUUCCUCUUUAAAAAUUUUUUUAAAAAGCCAUGGAGGAUGAGAAAAACAAUUUCUAAAAUACAACAAGUAGAUUUCUAAAUUCUAUAGUUAGAAAUCUUGUAUGACUUUCAAUAGGACGACCUUUCUCCUCUCCCUUUUUUUUUUUAAUUGGUUUGGCAGAUAAGUCAUGAUGCAUUUUUUUGCAUAGACAACCCAAUAGGAUACAAAUAUGCAGUCCACCUUGAUCCUAGAUCAUAUUCUGCAUGAUCAGGCAGCUAUAAAGCUUACAAGUGUUGGUUUUACCAGCAUAUGUAAGUAUAAAGUAUAAUACAUUUCUUCAUAAGCGAUUAGAUGAAAAAGUCAUAGAAAUCUGUAGUACUCACCAAUAAUUUGCAUGUUGACAUUAUUUUAAACUGUUAUUAUGUUCCUUCAAAAGCUGAAUUUACUUGUAUUUUUUUUUAUUCUUUUAGCAUACAAGUACAAGGAAUGUACUUUUAAAAGUGAAACAGUCUGACUCUCCUGGCUAUUGCCCACACUAACACUCUCUCUCUUUCUCUCUUCCUUCCUCCCUACCCUUCUCUUACUUAUUUCUAGAUGUAGUUGAUAAUAUUCAGGUCACUCAUUCAAACAAAAGUCAAAGAUUCUGUAGUUAUCGGCUCUAAAAAUACAAUGGGGUUUGUAUGUGUGUGCACACCUGAACAAAUUUUAUUGACUGCCCAAACCCUGACUGACUGGUUGGUAUGCAUUUUAAUGAGUUCUAAUUACCCAGAAGUAGCAUGAGUGCGUGUUUUAAAGACCCUAUUCACCAGUACAUGGAUAACUUUGAAAUACUGUUGCUGCUUCUUCACUCAAAAGAGUGAACCCACAUGCACGUCCAUGCCAACUUGCUCAGGCUGUCAAUCACUGCCUCUCUGGGUCAAGAACAGAGUCCAGUGAGAGAAAAAGGGGCCCCAGAGUGUGCAUCACUGGCUUGUAUGUGAUUAGGUCUUGGUCCUUUCUCAAGAAAACUUCAAGUCCAUCAAAUUUGGAAGGAAGUAUUUUUUAUGCCAAUCUACAGUCCUCAUCAUUGCUGAAUGUACCAGGACUUGGAGGACCCCAUAACAUGGUAAGUUUAGUUCAGGUAGGAAAGAGUCCUGACAUCUGAACUUACUGCCUUUUUGUCUCAACAUCAGUAACACUUCUGAAAGUCCAUUGAGGCUCAUGGAUAUAGGGAAAACUUCUCUUAGGUAAAAAAUAUUUUGCUAUGUAUGUAUCAAUUUCUCUUGCAUCCUCUGCAUUGGCCCACAUAAAGUGAUUCUGACUUUUUUUUGUAUUCUUUUGUCAUUGACAUCCUGUUUUCUUCCCACAUCUGUCCUUGCCCUUAACUUUAAAGCCCCCAUCUCACUUUCAAUGAUGCUGCUGAUUUAUUCUUACAUAGCUCCAGUCUAGCUUUCUCUUUGGAUUCUUGUCCUGAUCUAGGCAAACGAGGUUGGGUGAACUUGAAUUUCGUAACUGUCCCAUGACUCAGGCCAACUGUCACUGUGUAGUCUUUAAUGUUUCUUACUUAAUUUGAACUGAUUUGGAAAGAAAUCAAACUGUUGGAUAUUAGGAGUAAGGGGAUUUACCUUUUUCCCCCCCACAGUUUUAGAAUAUGAAAACAUAGGAUGUUUUAUUUUUAAAUGUCUUCUGCUCUUUGGUGGAUAUAAAAGUAAUUCUUAAAUGAUUUUUGUAUAUUUUCAGUCUGAUGUCCACAUUCAUGGUAGAUUUAGCAAAUAAAAGAAAAAGUUAUGCAUUUUUUUGACAUCACACAUGUUAGAGGGAAAUCUGUUAAGUAUUUCUGUGAUGUUUUAUUUUGGGCUUUCCAUACUGAACCAUUCAACUGAUGCUAUAGCAGUCAAGUUAUUGUAUUAUUUCAUUUGUUUUGUAGAAUGCAUUGUUACAGCUUGAUAGCUCAUGAGGAGUUAAAGUAUGCAGUGGAACUUGUUUAGUUUGAAACUGUUAAAAAGAAAUGUGAGCAUGUCACUGGAAAUAAGAGGGUGGUUCCUUUGGGCUAUAUACCUAAGUGACUUGUUGCGGGAGGGUGAACACUUGUGAGUCAUAUCCCAUCUUUAUUCGUUUAAUGCUUGUGCUGAUAAUCAUAGAUUGUUCACAAUGGUUACCACCAAUGAUAGGAAGAAUUUAAUGGAAUUUUGUCUGGUCUGCCUUUUCCCUCCUUAUAUACAUUUUAAAUUUUUUCUUUAUUAUUGGGGGAUUAAUGGUUUACAGUAAAUUAUGUACAUAUUUUAAAAGAUUUGAUCCUUGUGAGUACUGGCUGACAUACUUAGUAUUGUGCUAUAAAAGAUUAUCUGCCCACCAAUCCAUUUAUGAAAAAGAGAGGAAGAGAGAACCAGUUCAUCACUCUGACAUGUGCAUUGCCAGGCAUCACUGAAACCCAUGCUUGGGAAAUCCACAACUUUAUGCAUUAUGCCUCUUACCAGGCCACUGUCCUAGGACCUUUAACUACAUCAAACCCAGGCAGUAUGAAUUUGCCACAUCUUGUUUGAGAAGAAUCAUGGGAUAUUUGAUUGGAGUUCUUAAGGCAGAAUCCUCCUUCUUCUGAUGAUCUUGGCACAAAGAACUCUAAGGCAGUAGGAAGGUGAGGGGAAAUACAGUCUUAAACGUGUGUGUGUGUGUGUGUGUGUGUGUGUGUGUGUGUGUGUGUGUGUGUGUGUGUGUGUGUGUGUUAGAA